ACUCUCCACAGAGAGAGAGAGAGAGAGAGAGAGAGAUAGAAAGAGCUAAGCUAACGUCCAAGUUAACCUUCCGUGGAUAAAAUUUCAAAUUUUCAUUCCAUUGCUUUGGACUGGACUUCCCACCUUACCCAACUCUGAAAGAACUCUCCCAACCAGUAAAGAGCUAAAAAGAAGAAAUGAAAAAAAUAGAGAAGAACGUCCAAAAAACCAUGUGAAGAUAUUAUUCCAUUUUCAUUUUUUUCAGUUCAAUAGCGCUCGGAACUUCGUUUCCGCUGAGAGAAACAUGGCGAGGAGAUCGGAUUUUGCACAGAAGCUCUUAGAUGAUCUGCGGGUGCGGAAGGAACGAAUGGCUGCAUCUCAGAGCUCAAAAAGUUCAAAGCCAAUGGCAGGAGAUGCAUAUACAUAUUCCAAGCAGGCUUAUAAAGGAUCCAGAGAAAUGAAAACGCAUCAAAUUAAUGGCUUUAAACAUGGAAGUACACACCAUAAGUCUACAGGUGGAAAUAUAUCAGUCUCCAAUGGAGAAACCUGGAAAGAGAUUGUUCCAUUUGGAAGAGGUAGAAACUCAGAGCAAAUUGGAGAUCUGUCCAUGGCACUGGCUUUUGCACUUGAGAAUGGGGGAAAACUCAGAAGAAUGGAUUCGUCGGGCAAUAGUUCAAUACUGGGUUUCCUAAAUCAAAUUGCCAGAAGACCAGUGGAGAUUGGUAAGAUGGAAAGAAGCAGCAUUGAUAGGCAGAAUUCAAAAAAUGGCCGGUUUCCUACACUGUCUCAUCUCCAUAUUGAAGAAAUAUCAAGAGGUGCACAAAGAUUAAAUCAGAUUCUGAGAGCUUGCUCUAAUGGUCUUAACAUUGACGGAUAUUCAAUAGAUAUUGGAAAGGAGCUAUUGAAGGGGGCCAUGGAUUUAGAAGAGUCUCUGCGGAUGCUAGUAAACCUCCAAGAGGCUUCAGAGUACAUGAUCAGCCCACAAAGCAAAACGAGGAUCACAUUACUUGAUGAUGAUGAAGAUGAAAAUGAUAACACGGUCAAAACAACUGAGAAUAACCAACUUGCUCGGCCAAUAUUCUCCUUUGACAAGCCUUCAAGAAACUCUCAUUUCAUCCAGGAAGCAGCAAUCAAGGAUCUCAAGCAAAGGCUAAUGGCACUGACUUACCCAUCAGAAACUACACGCACUUUGAACACCUCAGAUACAACUUCUCGCAGGAGAUCAGCUAGCUACAACCCCAAUGUGAAAACGUUUGCAACAUUCUCAGAACACAAGAAUCACUUGAAUUCAUCAAGAGAACCGGAAAAGGCGAGAAUACCAAAUGUAAUUGCAAAACUCAUGGGGCUGGAUGAACUUCCAGAGAAUUAUGAUGCGAAGCAUAUUUCAAGGAAAGAGUCCAGUUCCAAGGAAAAAAUUGAACCAACAAUCAUAAAGAAAAAUUCAGGAGGAAGCAGCACACGAGAACGGAAGACAAAAGAUUCUGGGACUUUAGGCUCCCCAGCCAGAAAACAUAAACAGAUACAACACAGCCAAAUUCAAGUGACUCAGGACAUGAUGCAUGGCGUGCAAACAGAAAGGAACCUCGCCAGCUUUGAAGGGACUACUCAUGAUGGAAAACCACCGCAAAAAGAUGUGGAAGAGAUAAAAUCAAUAAGAAGCUCAAGCAAGGCCAAUGUUAAAAUGGAUAAGCAUCAAAACAAUGUUCGCUAUGCAAGCCAAAGCAAUGGAAGUAGAGAACAUGAUGAUACAAAGCUCAGGGAACAGAAAGGCAAAGAAAAAGGAGAAGCUAAAGAACUAAUUCUAAAGCAUCAGCUACAACAGGUGAUACCAAAGGCACAAAAUGGAUCAGAAGCUGCAACUACGCCGAAAGGGCAAGCAGAAUGUGAUUUCACCAUGCUUAAAACAGAAAAGAGAGAUACACAGCCGUCUAACAAUCUACUAAUGUCUCCCAGAAAUCUUGUAUUUCAACAGCCUCAACUGCCUCAAAAGUUUGAGUCACAAGACACUGAGCAUUAUGCAGGAGAAAGUGAGCAGCAGGGUGUUCAACAAAAGAUACAAGGAAAAAGGCAAACAGGAAGUGAAUCCAAGAGUUUGCCAAAACCUAUACAAGAAUCACCCAAUUUUCCAAAGAAACAUUCACACAAAAGUCAAGCAACAUUUAACAAUGGAAGCCCUAAAGAAUCUAUCCACACAGUGCAAUCCGUGGGGUUUCCGAAUAAGAAGCACCACGGAGACCUUGUCCAAGACAAAAGUUAUCCAAGUUUCAACGUCAAUGUGCAAGAUUCUAUGAACAAGAACUCAACUCCAAAUUCCUCUCCCAGAAAUCUGAACUCCGAAGUGAUAAAAGAAAAGAAGAAAACCAUCAGUCCAUCAGUUGUGGAAGAUAAACCUGGUCAUCUAGCAUCGGUGCCAAAGGUAAAAGUCACAAAAGUACAAAAAGCUGAGGCUCCACGAAGGAUUGAUGAACUAGCGAAAAGAAAAAAUGGAAACCCUCAAAGCUUGGUAAGGUCACAGAAACACCAGACUAACAUGUUCCAAGAAGUGAAAAGAAGAAGGCAAAACGAACUCACUAGAACGAGGGAGGAAGAGCAAGUGAGAUCUAGCAGGUUCAGAAAAGCAGAGGCAUGCAGUCUUAAACCCAACGAAACAGUAUUAGGCAAACAAAAAUCAAACUUGCCGGAAGAAUUACAGAGUCAAGCUGAACAAGCUUCCAACUUAUGCAGUCCUCCUGAUGGUGAUUGUAAAAGCCUAAAAGGAACAGAAAUGCUAUCUCCAAAUGGAAAAUCAUCAAUAGAGAUAGAUGCUCAACAAGGCCAAGAAACUAAUUUUGGCAUGGACAAAAAUGAAACUCACAGCAUAGUUUCAGAUCCACUUAAUCUGACCGGUGAAGGUAGGACAGAUAUCAGUUAUUCCUCACAUCUGGAGAAUCAAAAAUUGUCUACAUUGGAAAAACUAGAGCCGUUAACAGAAAGUGAAAAUCGCCUCAAGCAGAUCCUGAUAAAAUGCCAACUAUUUCUUAACACGGCAGAGGCACUUUUCAAACUAAAUAUACCCCUUAAUAUUCUCCAUGGCGGCGGUUUUGACUGUCACGAUGAAGAGAGUAAGCUGCUACUAGACUGUGGCUAUGAAGUGAUGAAAAGGAAAGGGAAAAGACAAGAGCUCAGUACCCAUCCUUUCAUGAGAAUUUCUAUCACUUCACUGGAGGUAAGAUCAUUGGAUGACUUGAUUAAGCAUUUGCAUAAAGAUUUUGAGAAGUUAAAAUUCUACGGUAGAAAUGGUAAAGCAGAAUGUGUUGUAGAAGACUAUCUACCCAAAAUGCUUGAAAUUGAUGUCUACGACAGGGACCCAGAUGUGAAUUGUAUGUGGGACUUUGGUUGGCAUGACUCGAUGUUCACAUCUAUUGAAAAAGAUGAUCUUGCAAGGGAUGUGGAGAGGCAUGUGCUCAAUGCUCUGCUUGAUGAAGUUACUAUAGACCUUUUAUUAGUGUCUGCUUAAUCUGGAAAGCUGGUUUUAGUUUUUACAGUCUGUUGCACAUAAAAACUAGAAUUUUGUGUGGCUUAUGUGAUUUUCACCCAAGUAACUUUUUUUUUGUACUGCUUAUUUAUAAGUGAAGUUCAAUCGGGUUGUAGCGAUCAAGUUAGUUUGCUAAUUAUCUAUUUUUCAUUCGAAAGAAGAAAGCUGUCAAGAAGUGCAGAUACAUUCAA